CCAAUCGCACACGCGCUAAGAAAAUGGCUGCCUCGCAGACACCGUCUCCAGACACUUCAAUGUCCGCCCUAGCCUCGCGAAUCUGCGACCACAUCGCCUCCGUCUUCUCCAAGCCCACCCCCCACCCGCCGGCCCUCGACGUCCUCGUCUCCGAGCUCUCCGCCGCCGCCUCCCGGGGCGGCCGCGUGUUCCUCUACGGGGUGGGCCGGGAGGGCCUCAUGAUGAAGGCCCUGUGCAUGCGCCUCGCCCACCUGGGCCUCCCGGCCCACUCCGUCCUCGACGUGACCACCCCGCCCAUCGCCGCCGGCGACCUCCUCCUCGCCUCGGCGGGGCCCGGGGGCUUCCCCACCGUGGACGCCAUCUGCUCGGCGGCCCGGGCCCACGGCGGGAGGGUGGUGCUGCUGACGGCGCAGCCGGGGGCGGGGGCGUGCGCGGGGCACGCGAGCGCGGUGGCGCACGUGCCGGCGCAGACCAUGGCGGACGACGGGGCGGAGGGAUCUCGGGCGCUGCUGCCGAUGGGGAGCGUGUACGAGGGGGCGAUGUUCGUGCUGUUCGAGAUGGUGGUGUACAGGUUGGGGGAGGCUCUCGGGGAGAGCCCCGAGGCCGUCCGAUCUCGCCACACCAACUUGGAGUGAGUGAGCGAGCGAGGAAUUCACCUGCCGAUGAUGAGACAGGCUAAUGAUGCAAUGGUUGAGAGAGAUGUCGUGUGAUGAUGAGUUGCUGUAAUAUAAUUUACUUAUGCUCUUUUUACUUCUAUUUGGGUAAAGAAGGCCUGUUUUAAUAUGCUUAUAGUAAUUGUAUACGUGGUACGGUGCACAAUUUACCAUCAGUCUCUCUGUUUUCUUGUUUUUAA